AUUUACCAUUGCAGUGACCACAGACAUUAUGGUCAGACGUGUAGUCAAGUCAAGGUGUGCGUAUUACUAAUAAGAGUCGUUGGGGAGAAUAAAAUUUUAUCAACACUGUCACGUCUGUUGUUGAACACAGUGUUCUUGCACACAGUUGUGUGGCGGGGUAUUCUGCAAUCAGGCUUACUCCCUGGCGAUCAAGGGUGAAUGGAUAUUGAUAACUGAGAAUCUGUCUAGUCUUGCGUUACAAAUGAACGAGUCAGAGCAAAGUGUCGAAGGUUUUCACCACUUUCGGAGCCAAAUCUACGCCCAUCCUUCAGGUGGGGAGAAACUGGUUCAAGUUUAUGAUGAAUGGGCAGAUCACUACAAGGAGCAAAAUCUCAGUGUGGGUUACUGUGGUCCUGCCAAUCUGGCUGCCCUUGUGUCUGACGUCAUAAGAGAUAAAUCGGCCAAGAUCCUGGAUGCAGCGUCUGGAAUAGGAAUGGUUGGAGAAGAGCUCAAGAGGCGUGGCUUCAUUCACAUUGAUGCCCUGGAACCUUCUCAAGUUUCCUUGGACAAGAGUAAGGAACAUCAGUGCUACACUGAGUACAUAUGCGACACACUAGAUGACCACCAGACGAAAAUUCCGGAUGAUCACUAUGAUGUCGUCGUCAUGAGUGGAGCUUUUGGUAUUCCUGGUCAUGUGACUGAUGCGUGCUUCCCGGAGCUCAUUCGAAUUACAAAACCAGGUGGUCACAUCAUGUUCACAAUGAGCACCAAGGUAGCGGAGGAGUGGAGUGACAAGUUAGAGGGCGCAAUUCAGGCACAUGCCCAGCAAGGAUCAUGGGAAGUUGUUGAUUAUCGUUGGAUCAUAUACCACCAACAUGAUACCAUCAGUGAAAAAGCAAAAGUGCCGAUUCUCAGGCUUCUAUAAAUGUUGACUACCCAAUGAAAGACCAUAUUACAUGUAGAUCUAUUUUUGGUUUAAAUUCACAAGGUUUUAAAAUAAAUGGUGGACUUGGAUAAUGUGAUUUGAAGGAGUUAUUCUGUGAAUAAAACAGGAAUGUUGAAAUGUAGUUCAGUUGUAACUGGCAUUCUUCAGAGGCAUUUAUUUUGGAGGAAUGGUUCUUUACUGACACCAUAAUGCAAUGAGCUUUCACCAGUUCCUGAAUUAGAUUGAAAAACUCGGCUCUCAGUUUGGUAUGAUGAAAAUGGACACUCUGUAAAUUUCAAAAUGUUGAGGAUUCCUAUUGCUUUUUCUUUGGCUUUUGCAGAAUGUCACACUUGUACUCCGAAUAAUCUAGUUUAUGCCGAUCCUUUGACACGUCAAAAAUAACAGUACUGUUGAGUGUCACUGGACAUUUGGCGAGUUUUUAGUGUAGACCAGUAUGGAUGGGCUUAACAAAGCUGGUUUAUUUCAAGGAAACAGGGAGCAAAGUACCAGGGAAGAAGUAACAACAAUGGGAUGAACUCGUAGAUCACUGUACACAUGAACAUGUACACUCUAUAUUUGCAACUGUACACACAUUUUAUAGUCCAUAGCAGGAGGCACUCAGCAGAGUGUUUGAAUAAAACAUUUCCCCAUUGUCAAGUGCAGAAUAAAAAUAGGGGAGGGAGGGCAGGGGAUGACAUUAAGAAUUUCUUUACACAUAUUUCUUAGACCGUGGGAAGUUGCUCUUCGCCUUGAUUUUGAGUGGCUGGUGCGUGCUGCGAUGUGACGAAUGACGAACGCCUUGACCAAGGCUAUUCUCAGUAAUGAGGCAACGUUUGGGGGCUUUUUGCAUGCUUUGGAAAGGAAGGAAAUCACAUUACCAAAGAAAUGUCAUCUUAUUUUAUUUCAAAAACAAAUAUUUGCCCUUUUUAGGGAGGGGAGAGGGAUGGGUACAGUAUAACAUAGAUUGUUGAAAGUAAAUCGUGGAUAUACAUGGUAUAUUUUUCAGAACUGUAAACUGAUUACAUUCUGGGUGUACUUUACAACCACCUGUGAUAUGCCUUAGUUUCUCAAUACCACCCAAACAUUAUAAUGACAUGAAGUGUAAUUGCACUGAAGGUUUUACUUCUUAAACCAUAAUUUACAAAUAGAAUGCAUCAAUUUUUGCACUCGUCUUCAAUACUACAGUCGUGGAAAAAUACAAGUGGAUGAUGAUGCGUAAAGAAAGAUGUAGUUUUUUCCCCUUGAAAAAGUUUUUUGAUGACGAGGCCUUUCAUGGAAACCAAUAACUGUAAUUGAAUUUACAAUUUUGUAAUGUGAAAUAGGCAGGCCUUGUUUAUGGUGAUAUGCAUAAAUUGCUCAAUUAUUGAUACAAAA